CGCCACUACUCGGCGUGGUGACGUCACCCCCCCGUUCCACGCCAUCGCGAGAGCCGAUUCUCUCAUUAGCUCUGACAAGCGGCGAAUGGGAGACGUCACGGGCCGGCGGUAGCCAAUCAGCAGCCGCCAGGUCAGGAGUCAGCGGGAUGAGACAAGAUGGCGGCGAGAGGAGGCAGGAACGGCGGCAUCCUGGAGAAAGUAAAUGGGGGGGUGAGAACCGGGGCCGGGGGGGGCUACAUGUGGGGGCACUGGGGUCAUUAUGGGGUGUGGGAGAGCGCGGGCUGUCAGAUUACAUGCUGGCUCGUGGAGGGUAGUCUGGCAGGGUGCGGCCUCCCAGCAGAGGUGGUAGCAGCAGUGUAACAUCCACAGGGGCCAGGCUCUCCGCUCCCCUCCUGGGUAUCACUCCCUCACCGAGCCGGGCCAUGCAGGGAAAGUGCUGCCCCCCCUGCUGUAUGCAACUUUCAUGUGCUGCCCCCCUCUGCUGUAUGCAGCUUUCAUGUGCUGCCCCCUCCUGCUGUAUGCAGCUUCCAUGUGCUCUCCCCCUCCUGCUGUAUGCAGCUUCCAUGUGCUCUCCCCCUCCUGCUGUAUGCAGCUUCCAUGUGCUCUCCCCCUCCUGCUGUAUGCAGCUUCCAUGUGCUCUCCCCCCCUGCUGUAUGCAGCUUUCAUGUGCUGCCCCCUCCCUGCUGUAUGCAGCUUUCAUGUGCUGCCCCCUCCCUGCUGUAUGCAGCUUUCAUGUGCUGCCCCCUCCCUGCUGUAUGCAGCUUUCAUGUGCUGCCCCCUCCCUGCUGUAUGCAGCUUUCAUGUGCUGCGCGAGGGCUCUCAGAGCAGCUGUCAGGGUGACUUGGUUUCCCAGCAAUGCUGCAUAUUGCUUGGAAGCUCUUUUCAUGUGCAGCCCAACACAGAGAAGGUUGGGGGGUUAACAUUUUGGCCCUCCCAUCUUUUUUUGUGCUGCUCUUGAUGCUUUGUUGGCUGAGCACCAUGAGAGCUGUAGUCCACAACAGCUGGGAGAUCAGUGGGUAAAUCCCAAUCUCUUCUAGAGGAAUCUAGUUUUUGGAAGAGGACCUCUGGAGGCCAAGGCUGCAUGACAUAUAGCACCUUGCUUGGAACUGUCACACUACAAAGGACAGUAUUUUACAAUUCAGCACUUGAAGAAAAAAAAGGGGGGGGGCAGGAUGUUUUAAUAGAAAGUUUUUUAAUUUUUUUUAUUUCUCUAUCCUACUGUACCGUUAUAUUGUAUUCACUGUUUGUGCCAGAAAGCCAUGAAGAGCAUACACUAUUUGUAAUAAUGCCUUUUUUAGAGUGGUGAUGUCUGUUUAAUUGAAGGAUUUAACUCCUUAAGGACAAAACUUCUGGAAUAAAAGGGAAUCAUGACAUGUCACACAUGUCAUGUGUCCUUAAGGGGUUAAACAGAGCCAUUGGUCUAUAUGCAGUAUUCUUGCAUUAAUACAGGUCACUUUCAGGCUCCUACAGCUAUCAUUUAGUGAUUAUAGCAGAAUAGCAUUUAUUUUAGUGAAUAUAGUAAAUGGUAAUCUAGAUUGAAAACAAGAAUCCGAGCCAUCCAGUUAACCUUCCACACAUCUGUUUCUGAAAAUGAUCCAAAAGAAGCGAUUGCAAUAUGCUUGGGAUAUGAGAGACUUGAGUAAUAUCAACUUGUGGUAUAAUUUUUUUUAUAUAUAUAUUCUUUCUGCUAUGCUGGGCCAGAUUGUUUACAAAAAAAGAAAACCUGUCAAAUUGUACAUAUUUUAUUGUGCUGCUGUCAUGUAAAAUGUGUAAAUGCUGUUUUUUUUUUUUUUGGGGGGGGGGGUUUAAGAUGAAUAUUACGCAACGCUAUCACUGCUAAAUAGUAACAGCUGUCACUUUGCUCUAGGCUAUGCAACAUUUAAGUUAUCAUAACUGAUAUUUACAAUUGUAAUUAUGUUAAAGGUUCUAUGCCAAUUUAUUGUGUUUUAACAGAUCUUUCUGUGGUUCAUUUUUAUUUAUGAUGACACUAGAUUGGAUUUCAGGGCUGAAUAAUGAAUCCUAAAAGCCAAGAAAGCUCUCUGUGCAUGUCUAGAUAUUAUGUAUAUUGGGACGUUUGUUGUGUUUACCCUGUUAACUCUUAAAGCCACCUAUAACAUUUACUUUAUUUCAUUGGAUAUAUGUUAAAAUAUGCAUAUUGUUAUGAGCUUGAACAAGGCUGUUUUUAAAACCACAAAAAGAGACUGCAAACAUUCCUGUACUUGUGCAGUAAUGUCCACUUCUGCUCUGGGAACAGCUUGUGGGAUUAUCAGUCAUAUUCGAAUAACCUUGAUAUAUAUUUCAUAUGACUUAAUAUUUUUGGAUAUAUUUUUUUUUUUUUUUCUAUAUGCCAGAAACCUUAAGAUGAUGGGGGAGUUUUGUGAUAACACUGCAUUGUUCAAUAAUUUAAAUGUUUAAAACAUGGUUGCCUUACUAAUACUCAUUGUACCAUCUGUGAUUACAGUGGAAAAUUGAUGACAAGCCAGUAAAAGUUGACAAAUGGGAUGGCUCUGCAGUUAAAAAUUCUUUGGAUGAUGCUGCUAAAAAGGUACAGUGGUUCUCAACCAUUUUGACUCGUCUUUUGCUACACAUGCAUUGGUAGUGAACUUCUUAAGUUAAUGAUUAUGCAUGAAACAGAUAUUAACUUGAAAUAGGCAAAAAUUGCUAAUAUGUUCACUUCUCAAUUUUUUUACAAAUUGAAAAAUGUCCCUCUUUCAUCUGCCUUAGCAGCUAUGCUGGUGGUUGCUGCUGCUGCAAAUGUUAUAAACAUUUUAUUUAUUUAAAAAAACAAAGUGAAUCUUUUACAUUCUUAGUUCAAGGAAAGGAUUAUACAAUUUGUUUCUGUGCAGAUGACGUAGACCAGAGAUCUCACAAUGUCUAAUCCAAAAUGCUUGUCCAGACUUUUGGGCAAUUACCCUGACUCCAUGCUAGUUACACUCUAAGAGUUAUCCAGGGUUUGCAAUUCUUCUGCUUACAAAAUUGUCCUUAAAAUGUUACAUCUUUGAUUUGAAGUAGUCAUGGUGCCUGGAGACUCCUGUGUGGAGCGUUUUGUUAUGAAACCGUUUUCAGCGUUAUUGUGGCAUCAUUUGUCGAACAGGAACAAAAGUUCCAAGCUUGCUAAUACUGCAAGAAGCUAGAUGCGAACCAUGUGCAGAACAUUUCUUCCCAUUAUUGGGGAAACUGGAUUAUGUUAGUCCAGGCAUCAUAAACAUUACAGCUGGGUGCUUGGAGUAACACUUUCAAUGGCCUUUUUUUUUAAAAUGAUCAAGGCGGUUCCAGAAAAUCUGUUCAACUCUGCCAAAGACAGGUAGGGGGAGAAAAAAAAAAAAAAAAAAUUUCCUGUAUUGGCAGACUUCAUUUUUUGUUUGUUUUGUUUUUGUUAACCAGGUCCUUCUAGAAAAGUAUAAAUAUGUGGAAAACUUCUGCCUGAUCGAUGGCCGUCUAAUAAUCUGCACCAUCUCCUGCGUCUUCGCCAUUGUUGCCUUGGUGUGGGAUUAUUUGCAUCCGUUCCCAGAAUCCAAGCCUGUGUUAGCUUUUUGUGUCAUAUCAUAUCCUUUAUAACAAUAUCUGUUGGUGUUGUGUGUAGAAUAUUUGAGACUUCUUACGAUGUAAAAUGUUAAUAUCCUAGCUGGGUGUCCUACACUCUACUGCUUUUCUGGGGUCAUGUCAUUGUCUACGGUGCAACGAAAAAUGGUUGUAAAAUAUCCUAAUCCACUAUUGGGAUUUAUUCAAUUACCUAAUCUAUACAGCACAAAACUGUAUAGAAUAAACCUGAUCGGAAUCAAUCAAUUAAAGGAUAGUAAUAGUAGACUUCACAGUAAUGGUUGGAUCUGUUUUUCCAGUGGGCUGUAAGCAUUUAUAGCAGUUCUGCCAGCACAAUGCAUUUGUUAAUCCUUCACCUUUUAUCAUAUAAAGCAAUGUUGAAUGAUGCAUGCUCUGGCAAAUGGGGUAACACAGUGUAACAUGAUAGGCACAUUGUGCAGUAGAUUUGGAUAAUCCAGUGAAUUUUAAGAAUGUAUGUUUUAUACCUUAACACCUUGAACCUAUUUCUUGAUGAUGGGUGUCCUCACUGUCUACACUUCAUACAAGGAAAAGAGCAUUUUCCUGGUCGCUCACAGAAAGGAUCCAGCAGGAAUGGACCCUGAUGACAUUUGGCAUCUCUCCUCCAGCCUGAAACGGUAAUUGGAUUGAAGCAAGUCUGCAUGCAGGAUAUCCUAGACACAGAUUAAUGUCUUUAAUAUCUUCCUUUCUGAUUCUUGUAGGUUUGAUGACAAAUACACCCUGAAAGUCACCUAUAUCAAUGGCAAAACAAAGAAUCAUCGGGACGCUGAGUUCACAAAAUCCAUCGCCAAAUUCUAUGAUGAGAAUGGCACGUUAGUGAUGGACAUGUUUGAGCCAGAAGUCUCCAAGCUCCAUGAUAGUUUAUCUGCUGAGAAAAAGACAAAGUAACAGUUCACAUCAGGGUCUUCCUGACAGGAUAAGAGGGAAGAAAACAAAAGUCUUGUAAAAAAAAAAUACCGUGGUAACCAACCUGUAGCUCCCUAGCCUCUAAACCUAAUUCCAUGACCUUGCCCAGGGUGAUGAAGGAUCAUUGGAAUGGAACAGUAGCUGUAGAUUAUGUAGCCAUUUCCCAUGAUCCUUUUGUCUUAAGCUGGCAUGGUAUCAUGAAACCUGUAGUCCCAAAACCGCUAUUAGAUUGUUAGCUUCCCCCUGCUGUCAAGCCACAGAUUGGUUACCUUUGCUAUAAAGGAAUGUUUAUGCUUUUCCUGCCCCGAAGGCCAGUGUCUGCUUCCUUUUUGUUUGUUUUUUUCAUCCAAGUGAUAAAUGCUGGUCGAACACGCUGCAGCUGUUUUGGGUUGGGAAAGGGGUUAAAAAGGAUUUUGUCCUGAAAUCAUCAAACUAUGCUUUUCAGUAAUCUGCAAAAUAAGAGACUUAAACAUAGUGUUGGUAAAGUGUCAGGAUAAUAUUUGUUCUUGACUACAUUGUAGCCAAGAUCAUAUUAAAAUCCACACUAAAGCCAUUCUUCGUUUACCUGCAUUAAGAGAAAUGCCUUAAUCCUACUUGCGCAAUUAACAUUAUUUCUAAAUCUCACAUAGGCAAUAGUUUUGUGCAUUACCAAUAUUACACCUUAGAGGGCGCUUCUACACUCUUGCUUUCUAUACCAUAAAAUGUAUAUUUCAUUUUGAGCAUCACAUUUUUUUGCAUAAAAGAUUUAGGUGUAUCCGUUCUUUCCUAAGAAAAAAAUGUCAGCAAGCCAGGGAUUUUAAAAUGAAAGCCAUGAAUGUAUAAACUGUUACAAAUGUGAAACGUCCCAAGUUCCAUCACCUUCACUGGUGUGGAAUACGUGCUGUGUCCACUGGCAUGGAGACAACUGGUCCACAUAAUAAUUUUAUUAUGUGUUUUAUAAUGGUAAUCUAAGGUCAUUGAUGAACCUUCAAGUUAAUGUGAUUGUGUGAGAUAUAGUGAAAUAUCUGCUUAAAGAACAGAUUUAUUUAGAUCCAAAGAGCCAGACUCUUAAAUUUAAUGAAAACCAAACGUCUUUCUAAAAAAUUUUUUUUUUUUUACAUUUCCUAUAUUGAGUUAAUCUGGAUCUGUGCAUUUGUUAGCGCAGUAGGAGUCAAAAUAUAACAAUCGAAACAAACUUGCAACUUAAUGUAUAUGAUUUUUUUUUUUUUUUUUUUUUCAACUCCAUACACAAUUUUAAAUGUUUUUGGUAAUUUAACAAAUUUACAUCUAAAGGUUGUUUUUGUGUGUUUUUUUUUUUUUUGUCACAUGACCAAGCUACGAAGUCACAUUUUAUGCAUUUCAGGACAAAACCCUACCGUAAACAGAAAUCUGUCCAUUCUUUUAUUUUUUAAUAUUUAUUUGAUGGGAAUAAAAGUUAUUUUGUAAACCAUGUAAGAGGAAGUGAUGAACAGAAUAUAGAGGUCAUUCUGUCUACCUGUUGAGCUUAGUAUUGUCUUCAGGCCUAUAAUAAACCAAGCAUUUAUAGAUCUUUUACUGUUCUUGUUCUGUCUGAUUGUUACAUUCCACUUCUGUUGAGUAUUUUUGUUUCUGACCUGUUUUCUAAGUCUUGUUUUCCAAUAAAAGGAGAGAUGAGGUACAGAUGACCAUCUGUCUGAUUUUUCUCAAUGAAUGGAUCCUAGACAGGUGUAUAAUUUAGCCUUUUCACUACCAAGUUAUUUUAUUUAAAAAUGGUAGAUGCAG